AUGCAUCUCUGCUCCACCACAGCGGCAAGCACCCAUCGCAGCCGCCGGAGCGAGCAGCGAUACUUCUCGGGCACGGCACAGUUCUCUGUCGUCAUCAUUAACGGAACCUUCCAGAACGGACCACCCGUGCUGCUGUCCCCACUGCGCAUGUCCAUGGGAGAGGAUGAGGGAACUCUGACGGCUCAGCUCGUCGCUAAGGACCCGGAGGAUGAUGAUUUGGUCUUUCGGCUGAACGAGCAACAGCAUGAUACUGGUGACAUGGUUUACUUGGACGAACGCGGCACGCUGCGCUACAAACCAGCCCUGGACUUCUCAGGCUCCAGAGAAAUCCCUAUCACCAUCUCCGAGUCACGUGACGACGGUAAUCCUCUACUCUCCACCUCCCUGACGAUCGUCAUAGAUGUCAGAGACGAAAACGACACUCCGCAGCCGUUUGUGGUCCACGAGGGAGAAGAAAAGCUGCAGGGUUCGGGGAUCCUCCACCUGACGGUGGAAGAAAACCAUCCUGAAAACGUGGACUUCGAGGAACUGAAGUUCAUGGUAGGAGCGUAUGACGUUGAUGCUGAAGAUGCUGUGACGCUGCGCAUCCAGUCACCUUCCAACGGAAAAAUUGAAGUCAGUAAGCACCUUAAGAAUGUCACAUUCAAAGAACCGAACUGUUCGAUGUCUGUAGAAGCGAAGAGAAAAGAGUGGGCAGAUGCCUUCAAGAAGUCUUGGGCGGGUCCUGCGAUCCCCUACCCGUGUGGCAUAGUACUCCCACACCCACCGGAUCUCCUGAACUGGGUUCUUGCUGCUGUGACCUACAUUCCAGACCAGCACUUCUUCGGAGAGGAUACGGUGAAGUUCUACGCUGGAGAUGCGUCUGGAGCGAGAUCCAAGCUUGUGACAGUGGUCAUACAAGUCCGUCAGAAACCUUGCCUGAACGGAGGGAGGUGCGUCGGACCUGAAAGCGAUCCUGAUUGUCAACACCAGUCGCGCAGUGACGGUUUCCACGACUUCACGUGUAACUGCCCGGUGGGGUUCGAGGGGAGACACUGCGAGAUCAACCCUAACGACUGCAUGCGCAUGCUCGACCCGUGUCCGAAGAACUACACCUGCAUCGACCAGGUGAACGGUUACGUCUGCCACUGUGAGCCCGGCUGGCCCUGUAACGGCCUGACACUAGGAGAGAUCGUGGGGAUCACUGCCGGCUGUCUCGUUGCUCUGAUCAUCCUCAUCGUCAUAUUGAAGCUGUUGAUCCAGAAGCAUAAGGGAACAUUCAAAGUCCGUCAGAGCCCGGAAGAAAGCCAGGUUGAACUUGAACAAUUGGCGAAGCCUGAGGGUCAAGCUUUGCCUGCAUUUGAUAACCCAGCCUACGAACCCACCAACGCCGCCGACGGAACGACGAACUUCAGCAACGCGAAGACGGUCUGGGAUGACGAGGUGAUGGAGGUGGAGUUCCGUCACGAGGAACUCGACGAGGCAGCACCGAUAGCGAAUUCGGAGAAGAUGGAGCCAGAACAGCUGCUUCCUCCAGCGGUUACAGGAAAAACUGCACCAGAUGACUCUGAAGAUUUCGGGAAUUUUUUCAACCUGCCGGGAAGUGCCACGUCUGAGACAGACCGCUGAACGACUUUUUGAUUACCUUGUGAAAUGACUAAAGAUAUUUGGAUUUUGUGCCGUUUACUCAAGGCUUUAUUUAUCCAUUUGUUUGGUUUAGCUAUUCAGCACGUUCAGCCAGGGCUGCCCAACUGGAAUGUGGCUAUUACAUAAGGCUAGCCCUGCUGACAGAGACCAAGACAGUACAAAUGGCAUUUGUAUUGUGUCACAGUUAGAUUGAUUCAAUGAUUAUUUUGCCAAAGAGGUGUACAAGAAUGUUUUAGUAGAGUAGACGUCAUGUAUAGCAUUGUCUUCAUUUCCCUGCUUGCAAAUCACAAUCAGAGCCUGAUUGAAGAUGUUUGAGAAUGUUUGUAUGGUACAGUCAAACCUGGUCAGGCAGCUGCAGUCCCGUCCAUUUUUACAUACAAAAAACCCCGGGCCGGCCAACCACCUGGUACGUAUAAGCAACCAGCUCCAAUUAAAAGUCACAUCAAAGCAGUCUCGUCCAUUCUAACAUACUUAACCCAACCCUGUACAUUUUCUUUAAAAAAACUUUUUUUCAGUCCUCUGUGUGGCUCGAUUGUGAAUCCAAGUUUGACUGUAUAGAUUGGUAUUUUACUCGAGAAAUCAUACAUUGUAUCGCAGAACUUCUUAGCUGAAAUUGUGUACGGAGCUCGUACUAUGGUUUUCUUAUACUAUACUUACACUGAUCUGUAAUUCAAGUGCCAGUUCAUAGUAUUGUAAAUUCAGCCGUAAGUCCAAUAGUAACUUAACGAGCCUCGAGCUCCAUACGUUACAAUGAACGAAGACGUUGUAGUUAAAGUUAUACCCUGCU